CAGCAGUGCAGGAUCAGAACCAGCCCUCCGGACGGGCGAGCGGAGGCGGACUUUCGCUCCUGCAGACAUCCGCUGAUGCCACUUCAGCUGCACCUUCUGCGCCUCCAGUCCAGACAGAUUCCAAAGACGCAUCGCAAAAAUGUUGGCGAGAAAGAGCAUCAUCCCGGAGGAGUUCGGUCUGCCGGGACUGGUCUCGCGGAUGCCCCGCAAGCCGGUGUUCCGAGACAGGAUCAACAAGGCGCGUUUCAUCGCCAAGAACGGCUCGUGCAACUUGGCCCACAAGAACAUCCGCGAGCAGGGGCGCUUCCUGCAGGACGUCUUCACGACCCUGGUGGACCUGAAGUGGCGCUUCACGCUGGUCAUCUUCACCACCACCUUCGUCAGCAGCUGGCUGCUCUUCGCCAUGAGCUGGUGGCUGGUGGCGUUCGCGCACGGAGAUCUGGACCCGGACCGCCACAACGAGACCCACUGCGUCACCGACGUCAAGUCCUUUACAUCGGCCUUCCUCUUCUCCAUCGAGGUUCAGGUGACGAUUGGCUUCGGAGGUCGAAUGAUCACCGAACACUGUCCGACCGCGAUCACAGUGCUCAUCAUGCAGAACAUCGUGGGGCUCAUCAUCAACGCGGUCAUGCUUGGUUGCAUCUUCAUGAAGACGGCCCAGUCAAACCGCCGCGCCGAGACUCUGAUCUUCAGCCGACACGCUGUCAUCGCUGUCAGGAACAACCGUCUGUGUUUCAUGAUUCGCAUCGGGGACCUGAGAAAGAGCAUGAUCAUCGGCGCCACCGUCAGGUUACAGGUGGUGAGAAAGACAACAACUCCGGAGGGUGAAGUGAUUCCCAUCCACCAGAUCGAUGUCCCUACGGAGAGCGCAGUGGCCAGUAACAGUCUCUUUCUCCUGGCGCCGCUCAUCAUCUGCCACGUCAUCGACAAACACAGUCCUCUCUACGACUUGUCGGCCAUGGAGCUGCAGUGCAGUGACCUGGAGGUCAUCGUCAUCCUGGAGGGUGUGGUGGAGACCACCGGGAUCACCACGCAGGCCCGGACCUCCUACGUGUCUGAGGAGAUCCAAUGGGGACAUCGCUUUGUUCCCAUAGUAACGGAGGAGGAGGGGGUGUACUCUGUGGAUUACUCCAAGUUUGGCAACACCGUCAGGGUGACCACUCCGUGCUGCAGUGCCAGGGAACUGGACGAGAAGCCGUCCAUCUUGAUCCAGAGCCUGCAGAAGAGCGAGCUGUCGCACCAGAACUCUCUGAGGAAGAGGAACUCCAUGAGACGCAACAACUCCGUCCGCAAAAGCCCCGGGGCUGGUGGGAGCCUGCGUCUGAACAACUCUGCUCUUGUCUCGAGCAAAGUCCAGUUCUUCACUCCGACGGAGAGCGCGCCAAACCUGAACGCCGUCACCUGACACGAGGCUGGCAGCCUGCUGGCUGCGCUGCUCCUGCUGGUGGGAAGGAGGUGGUGUUUGUCUCCGGUGGGACUCGUCCUGGGUUUGCUCCCGACUAUGUCUCAGCUGUUCUGAUGUUUGAGAUGAGAUUCUACCAUCCUGGUCCACCAAACAUGUCACCGCUGUCUUUCGCAAGAUUCACCAUUAAAUUACUUUUUGGAUUUCAACCUCUACUCAUGAUUUCCAGCCUCAUUUUAAUGCAAUUGAGGAUAAAAUUGGACAAAAUAUUUUCUAAGUGGCAACACUAGUGAUGAGGCAAAUUAUUAUUAUUAUCAAUAACAAUAAUACUAACCAUAACAAUCACAAUACUACUACUAC